UUUUGCCCUUGGGUGCAGCCCACACUAACUGGAGACUUAAAGAAGCCAGACUACAAGAACUGGAAACUGCAGAGUAGAAAUAUUCUUUAAAUAGGGCCAAUAUGUUGGCAUCCAGCAUCCAAGGGCAUGUGGAAGGACACCUGAAUCUGAAGAGACAGAGCAGCAGCUCACCAGAUGGGAGAAGGUCUACAGUUGGGAGUGAAGCAGAGGACUCCUUGAUGUCUCAUUCCAUGAGGCGUAUUGCAGCUGGAGGCUGCAAUUUAAAGAGACCUACAGAAGCCUUUGUUUCAAUUCAGUUGGAGAAACAGGGUCCACGUGACUUGAUGCUAAAUACAUUCAUUCAGAAGAAGCAAAUCUUGGGAAGUAGAAUACAAAAUCCUGAUGAAGCUGAAAAAGUCAAAAGAGAAGUUAUUGUUGAAUAUUGCCACAGGAUGAAUCAUCGUAUGUCUCAGUACUCUCUUCGAAGUCAGAUCAUUGCCUAUUAUAACAGUAUAAAAGCGAUACUGGAUGACUUCCCCAGGGUGAGAACCAAAUACUUUACCAUAGGAUUGCCACAAGAGAAAAAAGAAGAAAAAGAAUCCAAAGGCAAACUUAACGAUGAUCCCAGGUCAUUCCAGCCGCGACCUCGUUGCUUGCUGUCCAGUGACGGACAAUUCUUCUUGAACCUGUGGUUUAUCCCUCACCCUUCAGAAAUCCUAGGUGCAUUUAAAAUGCUGCCAGAGAAGAUUGGGUGUAGCGCCCUGCGGCACACAUUACAAAUCGUGGCAGCUUUUCACGACAUUAUUUCAUACAUUUUCAGUUUCGCUCAGCUUGGAAGUGCACCAGGCUGCUUGGAUUACAGGUGUCCUUCUGAACAUCUCACAGCAGACUGGGGAGGGACUGAGCAGAUUGGAAUUGAACUUCUUGAAAUACAGAAAAAGAUAGACAGCCUUCCAAAUCCCUCAGAUCCAAAUAAAGUAUCUCACAUGCUGAUCAUGCUCAAAGAAGUGAUGUUUCUUCAAUUUGAAGCAGCAGUUAGAUAUUCAGUGAGGGAAACAUUUUUAUCAUCUGGAUACGUUUCUGCAUAUCAGAGUAUUACAGACAACAUUUACCACGCAUUGCCUCCCAUGAGUAAUGCAGUUUUGGGCAGUGCAUUUGCUUCUGAACUCCAAAUUCCACGGCUAUUAGAUGCACGGGGCCAGAGAGCAUUAAUGUUGUUUCCCUGGAGGACUUUCCUAGCAAAUGGAAGUCUAUUUCCUGUCACCAUAAGCAACCUGAAUCCCAUAAAUUCUAGCAUGCAGUUAUGUCUAUGUGGCCUGAGCGCUGAGGAUCAAAAAGUAGCUCAUGGAGAGCUGAUUGGGAUACAGUUUGUAAUGGAAGAUGUUCUGUGGAAUUCUGAAAUUCUGACUGAUUCCCGAGAAGUGCAAAAACCUUUCAGAAAGCAGGUUUUAGCAACAUCAACAGCUGAAGCAAAAGGAAAAACUUUGGAAGCACCACCUGAUACAAUGACCUCAUGUGCCUUGCAGAGAUCAUAUCUGAUACGAUGGAAGCAACUGGAAAUGUUAAAAGCAGAAUGGGGAAGACUUAAAUUGAAAGUUGAGGAUAUCAACACAGUUCCUCUGUAUAAGCAGUUUUCUGAAUUGUAUGAGGCUGAAAUCUUACAUGCUGCAAUGGGAUCCAUAGCCAGACAUUGGGGUAUAGAGGAUGAGUUUGAAGAAUAUGGAACCAUCCAUCCAUGUCCACUGUUACCUAAAGAAGCUUCAAAAACUGAUGUAAUAACACACCAGCUUCAGAAACUUUUGGAAAGUUUAGAAAUAUAUAUGAUCCAUGAUGUACAAAAGAAAAUUAACCGAGAAAUAACACUGGUUUUAUCUGAAAAAGCAAGAGAAGAAAGACACCUCCCUACAGAACUCUGGAAGCAUCAUGGCAUGCAAGAAAUCUUCUCUGUCACAAGGCCCGAAAUAGUUGAGUCAUUUGUACAGAGGCUAAUGGAAAAUCACCAAGAAAUUAAUGCAGAGAUUAUCUUUCAAAAGGACCACUUUGAAAAAUGCCUCACCUCUCUAGCUUGUGACAUCAUGGCCAGAGAACGUAGCAACUUUGAAACCUACUCCAUGUUCUAUGAAAAUCUGCUCUGUCAGCAACAUCAGCUACUUUAUCAAAAAGAACAAGAAAUGCAUAUCACAGAAGGCAACAGAGGAACUGUUGAAAUGGAUCUGAAUCAGAUAGCUAAACUGAGUCACGAGAUGAUUCUGGAAAUAACAGCUCUGCGAGCCAAACUUACUGAUCUACAAAGAGAAGAUCACAACACCAAAGAGAAGAUAAGAAAAGAAGUGCAAGAAGAUUAUGAAGCAUUGGUACAAAACAUAUUUUUGGUGUGUCUGCAAAUAAAAGGGAAGGUAGAUGAAUAUCGUCUAAGCAUGAACCAACACAUGUUAGAGAUCAUCAGUGAGGUGAGAAAAGAAGGUGUAGAGAAAAUUAUUAAUUUGAAGAAAAAGUUUGGAUCUACAAAAGAUAACAGUGCACUUGAAGAACAUUUGGCUCAGCAGGGGAAGUUGCAGGAACUACGGGAUGAAAACAGCGAAUUGGAGAAGUUGUUAUGCAAAUUCAAGGCCUUAAAAUGCUGGAAAGAAAUAAUGCAAAAAGCACAAUUUUUGGCCACAUUGCGAGAAGUAGAGAAGGAGACUGUUCAGAAUAAAAAAGAGUGCCUGCAAUCCCAGAUGAUGGCAGAAGAAAAGGCAGUUUUAGUCAAUCAACAGUUGAGGGCUGCAAGGAAAGUCUUGGCAGAAUCUCAGACUGAAAAUAAAAAGCUGAAGCAACGACUAGAGAAACAGGAAUACUUACUUCAGGAAGCAGAACUUAAAAUUAACCGAGAAUUUUGUAAAAGACAGCAACUAGAUUUGAUUAAGACAGCAAACUUGGAAAAAAUGUUGGAAAGUCUUGGAGAGAGAGAAGUGAAGUUGCUGAACCUGACAGAAGAAUUGGAAAAAUCCUCUAAAACAAGACAGCUUCAGGAAACAAAAAGGAAAAAAGAAAUCCAACAAACAAGAAGCCAGCUGACCCAGGAACGCAAUUUAAAACUGAACGCUUUCCAGAGGAUACGUGAGCUGCAGUGUCAAAUUUAUGACUCAGAAGCUGCAAUUUCCCAGAAACGUUCCCCUGCAGUUACAAGAAUGUCUGCUAAUCUUUCACACAUUGCCAAAAGGAAACCUUACUCUUUUCCAGGCUCUUCUUCAUGCAGUCAGAAUGCAGAACUACCAACAUUCAUGUUAACCAGGGAUUCCACACAGCAUCUUUUGACUGCCAAAAUAAAGUUAGAGAAGAUUCCUAGACCAAAAACAGUACCUUCUGGAUGGAGAAACAGAGUAGUAGAUGCUCUCUUGCCAGACCUUACAGAAAACUCUGAUUCUACUCUUCCUGUGCAACAAGAACAAAACCCAUCUCAAAAAUAAAUUGCUACUACUUAGUUUUGUCAUUGACCAAGACUGAAAUUACUAUUGCACAUAGUUGCUGUCAGUAACUGUUAAUAAAACAUUUCCUAUCGUAUUUUCUUCAAAGCUUUGAAUACCAACAUCAUCGGUGUAAAAGAUUUUGGUUUGAUCCUGUCACACUGAGGUUUCGUUGUUGUGCUUUUGGGAGUUACAGAUUGUCAUUACUAUACAUGCAUUGUAUAAAGCUGUAGUAUGAUAUUUCUUAAACAAAUGAUUUCUUGGGUCCACUGAAGAACUGGUGCCUUACAAAAAUUUGUAGCACUCUUACAUGCUGUCAAUGUAAAAUUUUAUUAGGUUGUUUAUGCAGUCCAGCUCUAAGUAACUUGGACAGAAAAGGCAUUUUAAUAAGUGAUUUAUUAUUUUGGUAUUACGGUUGUAAAUAAUUUGCAUUUCUUCCAAUGACAAUACCACAUAUGCAAUAUAUAAUGUAUACAACAUUCCAUUCCCUAUGCAGUACAUUUGCAUAUGAGAGUUUUAAGAACAAUCCAGAUAAAGAAUGAAAGUCACAAUUUACUGUCUUAAGAAUUAAGGUCCAUGUGAUCAGUUAUUCCACAAAGGCAAUUUCUUAAAAAACAAACAACAAAGAAACUCUUAUGCUAAAUUUCAAACAGCCAGCAAAGAAAUGAUAAAAAUCUAUUUCUACUAAUUUGUAUGUAAUGGCACUAUACUGAAAACAAAGUUUCAUCUACCUACAUCUAGAUGGUAAACAAUUUAAGUAUGUGAAUAACAGGGAAGCCCCUUAAAGUGUCUGCUAUAGUUUGGUAGAUUACAGAUAAAGUUGGUUUAGAAAAUCACAUCUAUUGACACUGCAUGAAAUUGUUAGAAAUGACCUAGAAACUGAAUAUAUAGCUUCAUGCUACGCAAAUAGAAAAUACCGAUUUCCUGAAAGGUAGCACUAACAACUGAAUUUCCUUGGAAAAGAGCAACUGCUGACACUAAGGGGCAGAUAUAUUGAUUAAAGUCUCUUUCCCUGUAUUGCUUUCAACAGACAUGAGGCCAACAUUAAGAAAAUUUAAGGCACUUGAAAGAGGGUUCACUAUGUUUAGGAAUACAUGAUUUUAAUGUUUUCAACAGUUAUUCUUGGCUCAGUAACAAAAUCAGCUCACAUUUCAAUUUUGGAAGUACAUACAGCACUGUCAGUUUUGAAACUUUUUUCUAUAAAUUUACAAGAUAAAUAUUAACAGCCAUUCAAGAAUAAGCAAAGAAACAAAAAGUAAACAGCUUUUUAAAGUCUUACUAUGAAAAAUAGGUUUAUCAAAUGCUAAGAGGGCAAUUUUAAACAAUUAUCACUCUUUAGAAAUGCAUUCAUGUAUGUUUAAAUUUUACAAUCUUUUCAGCUUCUUAACCUAAAUUUAUGAAGACACGGGGAACUGGAUUAAAUGACUACCAUAAGGCCAUUAAAUAAAUAUCACCUAUUUCAGUUAAACAUGCUAAGAAUGGAGUGGUCAGUUCACUGUUUUAUUCACCUGAGCUAUUGUCUUUUAAGAGUGCAUUUGUCUGAUAAUUCUUUAAAGUUAUAGUACUCUCCACUAAAUAUAUUUUAUGAAUAGACUUUCUAGCUAAUAUUAUUGAAGUAAACAUUACUCAAGCUAGAAGGAUUAGGGAAAUUAGAAUGAUGUUAACAUUUUUACAAUAAGUCUCCAGAGUCAAUUUUGUCACCAGCAUAAUACCAAGCACUGUACUUCCUCUUUCACUGGAGCUCAUCCAGGAGUAGCACUUAAGCCUAUAAAUUGAGGUUUAAUUAUUUCAACUGUAUUUAUCACAUAACUUGCAGAACAAACAUUAACAAACUAGUAAGAGAAUAAUCAAAACUAAAAUAACUUCAUUCAAGUGUUCAAUCGAUUUCGUUUCUAUCACAAUUGUUAUCAUGUGUUAUGAAACCUACAGGUGGGAUAUUGCUAUGUGGGGAUAAAAUAUUCCCAAAUCCAUGCAGGAAUACAGUACCUUUAAAAUAUCCAUAAUGUGGUGAGCACUAACUGUGAUUGCUAAAAUUACUAUCCUCAUAUGAAAAGCAUAGCAUUUUCUAAGGCAGGUAAUUUGAAGGCUACAGACAAAUGGCUUUAGAAACAGUAAACAAAGCCUGGAUACAGUAGAUUGAAUCCACAUUUGCUAUAUUUAACAGGCCCACCAAAAUUAGUUGGAUAAAUUCAUCACAUGUAGCUUAUCCAAUCCUUUUUCCUCAAUGGAUCUAAUUCCUCAAUUCCACAAAAACCUAGAUCCAAAACAUUGUAUUAACAUAUAUGAAAACCACAAUGUUAGCAUAUAAUGCUGAGGUUCAUAUAUCUACUGGAGAAAACUUGCUGCAAAUGGAAUGAAAUCCUCAAAAAAAUUAGAUGACAUAAAGCUUCAAUUUGCAGUCUACUAAUUAAGGCACUGGUCCUUCUUCCUUAUGCGCCAAGGAAUAUAUAUCUUUUGAUCAUCAUUCUUCCUAUGGAUGCUUAUACUUAAAUUAGAAAACAAUCAUCCUUCUCACAUCGUAUAAUAUGGAAAAAUAUGGGCAUACAUAUUUCUUAAGAAAAAAAAUCCUUAAAAACAUUCUACAAAUCUCUUCCAAUUUCCAAGCUGAACAAGAUAAAAAGCCACAGCUUUUACACAGAUAAUAUUUUAUGUCAAGUUAACAGUAAUCUGUUUUUAAUAAUGAUUCAUGGGGUAUCUAAAGCUAAUUAAAUCGCUGUAAUCAUAAAAUUAUCUAUUAAGAACAUUGCUGCCACUAAAUACAGUAACUAUCAACAGCUAUAUCUGGCAUAUCAAAUAAAAGAAUAGAUUCCAUAGUAGCAGCUACUAAAGAAAUUUAAAACAGCAAAUUAGGAUUCAUGCAGAAUAUUGCAAGUAUUUCUGUUGAGCAAGACAUGAUUCACACAAUCUUCUUCCAAGCCCGUU